AUGUUCAGAACGGCGUCAGUCGAGGGCUCCGGGCCGAGGACGCCGCCGGCCUACGCCCCGCACCCCCCUCACCCGCCGCACCCCCCGUACGUCCCGCCCCGCUUCUACCCCCCGCGGAUCCGUCCUCCGCCGCCCCAGUACUGCUUCGACGCCGCCCGCUUCGCCUGCGACGCCUCCAAGCCCCGGUACUUGGAUGUCGAGAGGGAGCGCCUGGUGACCAGGUGGCUGGCGGAAGCCAACGAGGCUCUGGUGCGGAGGGACCGGCCGCCGCGAUACAAGCCGAGGAGCAGCGAGCGAAGACCGGACUUCCUCGAGCGGAGACCCAACGCGCCCGAGUGGGCGGACAACUUCCUCCUGGGCAGACGUAACGGCUCCGUCGAGCCGGAGGACGAUGGCAGUGAUGUGAUGACGCUGAAAGAGUUUGUGGAUAAGUUCUCGUUGCCGCGCGUGGUGAGGAUCGAGGGGGAGGAUAGGUCGGUGCUUUUGUACAGAGUGCUGGAGGCGCACAGGAGGGUGGAGGCGGUGCCGCUGUCGGGGAAGAAGGGGAAGUUUGUCGGGAAGCCGCUGUACAUUCCCGAUUCAUACGACGGAUGGUUCUCGGCGUGCGGGUGUCGUGGUGGGGCGCUGGCUGCAGCCCGGGGCUCAAUCGCAGCCCUCCUUCGUACCAGGGCGUUCGCUCUGGUAUCGCCGCGUGCAAUAUCUGCGUAUCGGGCGCGGCCCGCGUCUGAGAAUGGCAGGGUGGGGGCGCAGUACGAGCGGUCGGCGGCGAGGCCAGGCACGCCUCUGCGGCUCGCUGGGGUGUUCGCGGACGGGAGCAAAGCGAAAGCGCCGAAAUACGCUCAGCUCAUCGACCCGCAGGGGAACGCAAGGACAUCGCACGUUCUGCCCAAUGCGUCUCACAGUCGAACGUCACACGAAUUUGGUCUAAUGGGCCAUCGCCCCGUGCCAAUGCCCGUUUUCCGGUUUGCUCAAGGACUGGCCAGUAGCCAUUUUGGUUUCGACUCAAUGGUGUACCAAGGAAUUCCAAGACCAAUAACGCAAUUC